AUGUCCUUGCAGCCGACAUUUUGUAAGAAGAUACGUUUUUGUUGGCAAGAAUCCUGCAGUUCAGUGAAGUAGCUGGCUCCUGGGAAUGUGGCUCUGACCGUUAAUAUUCAUUCAGCAAAUAUUUACUGACCCCUACGGUGCUCUGGGCCUGUGCUCGGUCCUGGGCACGCCGAGGAGAAGAGGCCUAAAGUCAGGCUGAUCCUCUGUCAACAAAGACUGGUUGGAUGUCUCGAGCUCUGGCCACAAAGUGACAAGACAGCAGGGGUUUCUUGGCCCACACCCGGGAGGGUGAGCUGCCUAGAACCCAGAGCGCGAGCAGAAGAUGGCCGUGCCUCCCACGUACGCCGACCUGGGCAAGCCUGCCAGGGACGUCUUCACCAAGGGCUACGGAUUUGGCUUGAUAAAACUUGAUUUGAAAACAAAAUCUGAGAAUGGAUUGGAGUUCACCAGCUCAGGCUCAGCCAACACCGAGACCACCAAAGUGACGGGCAGCCUGGAAACCAAGUACCGGUGGACCGAGUACGGCCUGACGUUCACGGAGAAGUGGAACACGGACAACACGCUGGGCACCGAGAUCACCGUGGAGGACCAGCUCGCACGUGGACUGAAGCUGACCUUCGACUCCUCCUUCUCACCUAACACUGGGAAGAAAAAUGCUAAAAUCAAGACGGGGUACAAGCGGGAGCACAUCAACCUGGGCUGCGACGUGGACUUCGACAUCGCGGGGCCCUCGAUCCGGGGCGCGCUGGUGCUGGGUUACGAGGGCUGGCUGGCCGGCUACCAGAUGAAUUUCGAGACCGCCAAGUCCCGGGUGACCCAGAGCAACUUCGCGGUCGGCUACAAGACGGAUGAGUUCCAGCUUCACACGAACGUGAAUGACGGGACAGAGUUCGGCGGCUCCAUUUACCAGAAGGUGAACAAGAAGUUGGAGACCGCCGUCAACCUCGCCUGGACAGCAGGAAACAGUAACACGCGCUUCGGGAUAGCAGCCAAGUACCAGAUCGACCCCGACGCCUGCUUCUCGGCUAAAGUGAACAACUCCAGCCUGAUAGGUUUAGGAUACACUCAGACCCUAAAGCCAGGUAUCAAACUGACGCUGUCAGCUCUGCUGGAUGGGAAGAACGUCAAUGCCGGUGGCCACAAGCUUGGUCUAGGACUGGAAUUUCAAGCAUAAAUGAAUACUGUAUAAUUGUUUAAUUUUAAACUAUUUUGCAGCAUAGCUACCUUCAGAAUUUAGUGUAUCUUUUAAUGUUGUAUGUCUGGGAUGCAAGUAUUGCUAAAUAUCAUGUUAGACCUCCAGGUUAAAAGAGGAUUCAGCUUUAAGGUGUUACCCUUUCAGAGGUACAAAAGAAACCCGAUUCCAAAAAAGGUCUUUUCAGCUGUAGACUUGGGGGGAACUUGGCGGCUCCUCUAGAGAUGCCAGGUUUCUUUUUUAUCUAGAAAUGGCUGCAAGUGGAAGCUAAUAAUGUGUAGGCACUUUGUAAAUUCAUAUUGAGUAAAUGAAUGAAAUCAUGACUUCCUGAGAAUUGAACCUUGGUUUCCUAAUAACCCUAAUUGAUGAGAGUCUGAUUGCUUGAUGGUGUGUACAAACUCACCUAAAAGGGACUUUUUUAGACAGAUCUUCAUGACCUGUUCCCACCCCAGUCCUUUAUCACCUCUUUUACACCAAAAGGUUUGCAGGGUGUGGUAGCUGUUUCUUUGUGCCAUUUUGGGGUGGAGAGGGUGGAUGUGGUGAAGCCAAUAAUUCAGGACUUAAUUCCUUCUUGUGUUGUGGUUUUUUGCCCUUGCACCAGAGUAUGAAAUAGCUUCUAGGCGCUCCAGCUAUAAGCUGGGAAGUCUGUGUGAUUGUAAUCACAUGGUGACAACACUCAGAAUCUAAAUUGGACUUCUGUUGUAUUCUCACCAAUUUAUUUUUUAGCAGUUUAAGGGGUACAUUUUAGAGUCUUCCAUUUUGUGUGGAAUUAGAUCCUCUCCUUCAAAUGCUGUAAUUAACAUCACUUAAAAUAAAACUUGAAUAAAAUAUCGAAACCUCCUCUUC